AAAGGUCUGAAGAACAUGUCCAGGAUGUUCAUGAAGUUUUCUGGCUUUAAGAGGCGAAGAAACAGCAGGAAAAAGCUUAAAAGUACGUCACGUUUGUUUCUGGGGCUUGGGAAGAGAAAGUUUCGUCUAGCUAAGAAGAAACGCCGCAAGUCCAUGCUGAAGAACACCUCUAGAUUCAUGAUGAGGUUCAAGGCCAGCAAAAAGAGAAAAAAGGACAAAGAGGACAAACAGAAAGCAGCAGCAAACGGUGGAAAGAAGCCCACCUACAUGCUACUACGUCUUGGAGGAGGGAGCGACUCAAAUGAGAAGAAAGGGGGCUUUUUCAAAGGCUUAUUCAAAAAGAAGGAUGGUGAUGAGCCUGCUGACGAAUUUAAAAACAGAAGUGCGUUGCUUGGUAAAGUGGCAGCUGCAACUAACUGGCUGACCAAACGCUUCCUGUCCACUAAAAUGAAAGGAAAUUCAGGACGCCAUGGCUGGGGCGGACGCAGGGAACACAGGAGACAAGCCAGCUCUAGAGGUCAUCAGGGUGGUUACUAUAACAAUGGUUAUGAGCAUGAGGAGGAAGCUUAUGGAUACGAUCAACAACAUUCAUUCCACCAGAAAGGUUAUGGAGGCUACCAUGAUGGUUAUGGGGACUAUGUAGACGAUGCAAAUGCAGCAUAUGGAGGUCAGGAUCAGUAUGGUUACUAUGAUGAUGGGGCAGGGGGUGCUGACUAUCAAGACCAGGGCUACUAUGAGGAGGAAGCACUCUACGAUCCAAAUUCAGGAUACUAUGAUGGUGGUCUUUAUGAUGACGGCAUGGGGGACUACCAUGACCCAUACUCCACGGCCCAAGGAUAUUACAACGGCCAGGAAGCGGACUACUACGGUUACCAGCAUCAACAAGCAGCAGCAAUGUAUGGUGAAGGGGGUCUGGACUACUAUGCACUAAUGGGUGAAGACCAUAUGUACACAGGGGAGGAAGGUGGAUUCCUUGACCCUCAGGCUCAGGGUUACUAUGACACAAAUGGCCAAGGACUGUACUAUGAUGGACAAGCAGGCUAUUAUGAUAGUGGACAGGCAGGUUAUUAUGAGAACCCUCAUGCAGCAACUAUAGGAAUGCAAGGGGGGUUUCCACCAGACCAUCAACUUAGGUACAGUGAUGCUGGCAUGCCAUACCAAGACUUCAGCUCACAGCAGGCCAUUGGAAUCCCACAAGGAGGCCAGCAAGUCUUUGGAUUUGGAGGUCAAGGGAUGGAUCAGGCACAGGGCAUGUAUGGGGACCAGUUUGCAGACCAGCUGGAUCAAUAUGGAGAUGAUAUAGGUGGAGUUCAGGGAGGGGAGAUGACGUUUCGCGUUCCAAGACCUCAAGUGCGCCUAUUUGGGAAAGAGCGUCUAGAGGUGCCCUUACCUCCUCCACCCACUUUGCCCCCUGAUCCAGAAUUUGAAAGCAUGUCUGAAAUCCAGUAUGAAGACCAGUUCCCUCUUGCAGCAGGUCAACCUGGGGACAUGAUGUCAUUACAGCAACAGAUGGGAAUGCAACAACAACAACAACAACAACAACAACAUAUGAUGAUGUUUCCCCAAGAACAAAUGAUGAUGCCUUCUCAACAACAAACUAUGUUGUCCCCACAUGAACAAAUGAUGAUGCCUCCACUGGUAAUGUCACCACAGCAACAGAUGAUGAUGUCACCCCAGCAUCAGAUGAUGUCUCCACAGCAGCAAAUGAUGUCACCACAGCAGCAGAUGAUGUCACCACAGCAGCAGAUGAUGUCACCACAGCAGCAAAUGAUGUCACCACAGCAGCAGAUGAUGUUACACCAAGAACAGAGUAUGUCCCCCCAAAUGCUGCCAUCACAGACUCUAUCGCCACAGCAACAAAUGAUGCUACCACAGCAGCAGAUGAUGCCUCAGCCUGCGAUGUCACCACAGCUACAGAUGAUGCCACAACAAAUGAUGUCACCACAAGAACAGAUGAUGGCGCCACAACAGGCAUUGCCUCCGCAAAUGAUGUCACCACAGCAAAUGAUGGCAGACCCAAUGAUGAUGUCACAGCAAGAGGGUUACAGCCCAGUGUCAAUCCCUACUCCAACUGCCAUGAUUAUUAAGCAAGCAGGUAUGUCCCCCCUUGCUGGGCGGCGCAUGCAACCCUCUCCAGCUCUGUCUCGCCGCUCUGUUAUGAUGGCUUCCCCACUGAUGCAGCACCAUCCGUCUGCUGCUGCUUCCCCAUUAGCUUCUCCAAUGCUCCCACAAAGACUUAGCCACUCCCCACAACCAUCCAUAAGAGGGGGAUUCAUUAAUGCCCAAAGACCCCCCUCUGUUCAAUCAAGACGAAUCUCACCUUCUCCCUCUCCUAUGGCCUCACCUCUUGCCCAUCCUAGAAUGCAACCUCAAAGAUCCCCUUCCCCACUUGCCCGAAGACCCUCACCAGCUCACUCUCCCCGUGCCUCCAUGAUUCGGCGAAGUCCUCCACCCUCGCCAAGAGUGUCAAUGAGACAGCGUUCUCCACCUCCCUCACCCCGUGCAUCGAUGAUGAGACAAAGUCCACCCCCCUCACCCACUCUAGCCCGUAGCCCAUUAAGAAUGAGAAAGAUGCCAGGACCAACCUCCCCUCCCCUCUCCCAUGGUCAUGCAUCUCCUCGUCUUUCUCCACAGCUAAGUAGAAGACCAUCUCCCUCUCCUUCCCCAUCUCGUCGCACUUUAUCCCCUGCAGGGCCCCCAUCCUCUCCCACUCUAUCUCGGCGCUCAACUCGGUUGCUCAGGGACCCCACACCGUUAGCCCGGCCUAGGUUUGGGGGCAAUGUUCCCUUAGGUACUGUCAGACCCUCACCUAUGGGUUUGCGAGGGAGGCCAGUUCCCCCUCCCACCCAGAAUGUGCGUCCAUUUCGUGCUUCCUCUAUUCGAAGCAAUAGAUCUUCUGUUCUUACGCCCUCCCUAAAACACAUGCCGCAUCCUGCAUCCCAACACUUCUCUCCUCGGCUUUCUCGUCAGUCCUCCCCGCUCUUGUCACCUCGAGUUGCCCAUUCACCCACCUAUAUGACAGAAACAUAUGCAGAUCCUUACACUGACCAGCAGCAACAAUUUAUUCCCCCCUCGUCUCCCAUGUUAUCUGGUGCUUUGCAGAACCAAGCAAUUCGACAGGCCUCUUUUGCUUCCCCUCUUGGCCCACAGCCAGCCCAGGUGGUAGGCGUGAGUGAGAUGGCUGUAGAAUACGGAGAGCCUUAUGUUCCCAUGUCACCAAUGCUUUCUGGUGCGAUACAAAAUCAAGCUCUUCGAGAUGCAUCAUAUAUUUCCCCACUACAGAGACCAAUGUCUCCUUAUGAGCAGCCGAUGGCCCCGCCGUCGCCCAUGCUGUCUGAAGCUCUGCGAAAUCAAGCUUUACAAAAUGCAUCUUAUGCUUCUCCAUUACAAAGACCGAUGUCCCCUUAUGAACAGCCAUUACCCCCUCAUUCCCCAAUGCUGUCUGGGGCGCUGCAAAACCAGGCAGUAAGAGAUGCUUCCUAUGUGUCUCCCUUUCAAAGGUCACAGUCCCCAUAUGCCGGAUCUGUGCCCUCAUCUCCAAUGCUUCCUAGAGCCAUGAGACAUGGUCAGGCCCUAAGAGGUGUUGCUUCUUAUCAGACUCCAAUGCUUCGUUCACCAUACGGACCAACUGUUGUUACACCAUAUGAUUACAUUUCUGAACCUGGACCAGCCCCACUGCUUCAUGAUGCACUUCAGAACCGGUCUGGACUGCAAAAUGUCUCAAAUUUAAGAUCCCCCAUGAUGGGACGUCAUAACCCCUAUGCACCAGCUGGGCCUCAGCUCCACCAUGCUCUUCAGCAGAACCCAAACCUUCGCCAAGCAUCUUAUCAGACACCGAUGCAACUCAGGCGGUCCCCAUAUGGACCCAUGCAACCCUCUUCACCAAUGUUAGGAAGUGCCCUACAAAAUCCACAGUUGAUGCAGGCAUCGUACCGGCUCCCGGAUGGAACUUUGAUGUCACCAUACGCAUCAACACCUUCCUCCCCAUUGCUUGGCAAUGCCUUGCAAAACCAACAACUACGUGGGGCUUCUUACACCUUGCCUGAUGGAUCAGUUAUCAGGGACCCCCGUGUGCCCCAGAAGCCCAUGUCUCCUAAUCUCUCCAAAGCUCUACAGAACAAGGAUCUCAGGAGUGCCACAUACACUCUCCCUGAUGGCACCAUUGUAGACCCUAGACAGCAACAACCCAUUUCCCCAAACCUGGCCAAGGCUCUAAACAAUGCAGCUUUACGUGAAGCCUCCUAUUCUCUACCUGAUGGUACCAUGAUUAUUGAUCCCAAAAAACCUAAGUCCCCAAACCUUUCAGCAGCACUUCAGAACCCUUACCUGAAGAGUGCAUCUUACACACUGCCGGAUGGCACUAUCAUCAUUGAUCCCAGGAAACCUGUCUCUCCUAACCUGUCCAGCGCCCUUCAAAACUCUGCUCUGCGUAGCGCCUCCUUCAUGCUACCAGAAGGAGUUCAAGAUCCCAAUACGCCAAUUUCACCAAAUUUAGCUUUGGCUCUGAGUAACCCAGCCUUGAAAGGAGCCUCGUACACCCUCCCAGAUGGAACUAUUAUAGUGGACCCAAGGAAGCCAAAAAGCCCCACUUUAAACGCUGCGCUGCAGAACCCUUAUCUUAAGGGUGUGUCCUACACACUGCCAGAUGGAACCAUCAUUAUUGACCCACGAAAACCAACUGCCCCUGACCUGUCUAAGGCUCUUUCAAAUCAGAACCUUCGUAAUGCAUCAUACCAGCUCUCUGAUGGUUCCCUGGUUAUGCCUGGUCAGAAGCAAGUCACUCCUAACCUUUCAGCUGCCUUGAGACAAAACCAGGCAAUGCGGUCUUCACGUCUCUAUCAUCUGUCAGAUAAGUCUGUACUGUCUGGUUCCCCCAAACCUUCUACUCCUAAUAUUACCCGUGCUAUGAAGAAUGAGGACCUCCAGGGUGCCAAUUUCAGGCUUCCUGAUAGCUCUCUUCUCACACGUCGGUUCCACAACCCAAGCCUGUCCAAUGCCAUCCAAAACCAGAAUCUUCGGUAUGCCUCGUACAGGGUGCCAACAGGCCUGCAGGGUGAGGAUAAUCGCUAUGCUGUGGUUCCACCCUAUGGUCCACGCUCAGGACACUGGGCCAGGAAUGCCCAAGGUGGAGGGGAGGCAUGGGAAGAUGUUUGGGCAGCUGAGAGGGUUUUACCACACGGGACGGUUCAGAACCUGUCAAAGUGGUCCAUGUACAGAGAAGACGGGGUGUUAGAAGGAUAUUCACCUACAUCUCGAGGUGUGGAUGGACAGCCUCUGGAACCAGACUGGACUCCAGAGAGGGAGAGAGUACCUGGUCAGAGCUGGUAUGACAAGAUCUACUCUAUCCUUAGCAUGCCCACAACAGGCCACAGGGUGAAAAACUGGGCAGAGGGAAUGGAGGACAUGACACAGCUGCCUGAGCUGAAUGAGACUACAGUUCUGAUGAACCUGAAGAAGCGCUAUGAUCAGGAACUUGUAUAUACCUACAUUGGCAGCAUCCUGGUGUCCCUGAAUCCCUACAAGUUGCUGAACAUUUAUGGCACGGACAUGGUGCUUCAGUACGAGGGCCACGGCCUGAGUGACAACCCUCCUCAUCUUUUUGCCAUUGCUAACCUCUCAUAUACUACCAUGAUGGAUGCCAAAAAGGAUCAGUGUAUAGUGAUCAGUGGAGAAAGUGGGUCAGGAAAGACAGAAGCAACUAAACUGAUCCUGCGUUACCUGACAGCCAUACACCACAAGAGUAACGUCACACAGCAGAUAGAGAUCCUAGAGGCCACGCCCCUGCUGGAGUCUUUUGGGAAUGCCAAAACAGUGCGUAAUGACAACUCUUCCCGUUUUGGCAAAUAUACGCAGAUCUUCAUGGAGGAGGGUGUUAUUAGCGGUGCCAUAACGUCUCAGUACCUUCUGGAGAAGUCUCGCAUUGUCUUUCAGGCCAAAUCAGAGAGGAACUACCACAUCUUCUAUGAGAUGCUGGCCGGUCUUCCUCCGCAUGAGAAGAGCUCACUGUAUCUGCAGGAGGCUGAGACUUACUACUAUCUGAAUCAGGGAGGAGAUUGUACUAUAGAGGGCAAGGAUGAUGGGGAGGACUUCAGGCGUCUGCUGAGUGCCAUGGAUAUCCUGUGUUUCACUCCAGAGGAGCUAGACAGCAUCUACAGGCUGCUGUCCUCCGUCCUUCAUCUGGGGAACGUCUACUUCCAGCCACACCAGGCUGAGGGUCAGGAGGUCGCGUCUGUGGUGAGCGCUCAAGAGCUCCGAGUGGUCGCAGAGCUGCUGCAGGUCUCACCUGACGGCCUGCAAAAGUCUGUCACCUUUAAAAUGACUGACACAGUUAGAGAGAAGAUCCUCACUCCGCUCACAGUGGAGAGUGCUGUGGAUGCCAGAGAUGCUGUUGCCAAGAUCCUGUACUCGCUGCUGUUUAGUUGGCUGACAGAGCGCAUCAACGGUCGGGUCUACCCUCGCAACGAAGCCCUCUCCAUCUCCAUCCUGGAUAUUUAUGGAUUUGAGGAGCUACAGGUGAACAGCUUUGAGCAGCUAUGCAUCAACCUCGCCAAUGAAACUUUGCAGUUCUACUUUAACAGAGUCAUCUUCCAGGAGGAGCAGGAGGAGUACAUGCGGGAGCAGAUCCAGUGGCAGCAGCAGCCCUUCAGCCACAACCAGGCCUGCCUUGACCUCAUCGCUGCUAAGCCUCAUGGGAUACUGCGCAUACUGGAUGACCAGUGCGGUUUCCCACAGGCAACAGACCACACUUUCCUUCAGAAGUGCCACUAUCACCAUGGAAACAACCCGCUGUACGCCAGGCCAAAGAUGCCACUGCCAGAGUUCACGCUGAAACACUACGCGGGGAAGGUCACAUAUCAGGUGCACAAGUUCUUGGAUAAGAACUUCGACAUGGUUCGCCAGGAUGUAUUAGACCUCUUCAUCCAGAGCAAGAAUAGAAUGGUAUCCAGCCUCUUUCUGAAGCACUCAGAGUCUGUGUCUCAGCAGCGGUCUAACGUGCGACGCAGCAGCGCAGCUCGCCGCUAUCAGGCCAACACAGUCAGUGCAAAGUUUCAGAGCAGCCUGCAGGAGCUGCUGGAGAAGAUGGAAAGGUGUAACCCUUAUUUUGUGCGAUGCAUCAAGCCAAACCAUCUUAAGGAGCCAGGAGUGUUUGACGUGGAGCUGGUCAACACUCAGCUGCAUUACUCUGGUAUCAUGGAGACCAUCCACAUCAGGAGAGAAGGCUAUCCAAUCCGAUUGCACUUUCACAGCUUCCUAUCAAGGUAUAAAGCUUUGCUCUGCCUGAAGGAUACUCCACCUGCAGAAGGAGAAAACUGUGUCAUCAUGCUCUACAAGCUCGGUCCGGUCAAGAGUGGCACCUAUCAGCUGGGAGUCAGUAAGAUUUUCCUGAAAGAGGAGCUGUAUCAGCUGCUGGAGGGGAAGCGUGACCGCUUGCUGAACAUCGCCGCCAUGACGCUCCAGAGAUGCACCCGAAUGGUUUUUGUCCGGAAGAAAUUUGCCAAGUUACGGCGGCGUGUGAAGCUGUUUGCAGCCCGCUGCAGAGGCUACCUGACCAGAAAGAAGUUUGCUCUGAGGAGGAAGUACCUCAUCAGGUUUCGCUCUGCUGUGCUGCUCAUUGUCAACCGCCAGCGCUACAUGAGGACAGUGGUGGAGCCUGCAAGGAAGGCAGAGGAGGAUCGCAUCAACAGAGAAGUAGUGAAUGUGACUACACUGCCUAUCCCUGCUGAGCUGGCAGCGCUGCUACAGGCUGCAUCAGGAGGCGCAGAGCUGCAUUCGGACUGCUUGGCUGUGGUCCAGGCUCCAAAGGUUCAGGUUGACCCCCAGCUGACCCUGCCCCUGGACAUCAACAACUACCUCAUGACACACUACAUCAGGGCCAUAUUUAGGGAGCCAUUGUUUGGGAUGCUGACAGCCCCGCUGGACAAUUCUCUUAUUAGAAUGGAUGAGGAGCUAAAACAAGGAGCCCUGAAUGUUUUCAUCCUGAUAUUAAGAUUUAUGGGUGACCCGAACUUGAAUGGAGCUCAGGAGAAUCUGUUUGGGAACUACAUCAUCCAGAGAGGACUUGCCAAUCCCAAUCUCAGAGAUGAAAUCCUGGUUCAGGUCGCCAAUCAGGUGUGGAGGAACCCGAACAUUCUGAAUUCAGAGCGUGGCUGGCUUCUGCUCUCCUCUUGUCUCUCUACCUUUCUGCCUUCUCAAAGGCUGGCCAAGUACCUGCUGAAAUUUGUGUCUGACUAUGGGCCGGAGGGCUACGACUGCGUGUGUCAGCACCGUCUGCUUCAGGCUCUGCAGCAGCUGAAUGUUGGGCCGGAGUAUGCGCGGACGUACCCGCCCUGUCUACUGGAGUGGACCGCCAAUCGCAAGAGAGCUCACACUGUCCUGCACAUACAUUGCUUUGAUGCUGUGUCCUUCUUGUGUCCUCUACACUCCUGGACGACAGGAGAGGAAAUGGCCAAAGACAUUUUACAACACAGGGGUGUGGUGGAGGGCCGUCGAGGCUGGUCGGUGCUGCUGAAGGAGCCGGCUCAGUGGGUUGAGCUGGAGGGCUCAGACUAUGUUCUGGAUCUAAUGUCGGACCUGGAGCUUCCUACUGAUUUCCCCAAACAUAGCAGCUACUUCAUCAUCUCAGCACAGGAACCAAGCAGAGUGCGGCAAAAUGCCAGCAUAAGCCUUUUGGGUGGGGGAUUUGACAUGAAUGGUGAUGUCAUGUCUUCAGCCUUCUCCAGCCCUGAUGGACAAGACUUUGAGCCUCAGAGAGGGAUGGAUCGUUAUCUCGACAGCUUGUUUGACCCAGUCCUGUCUGACGGAGCCACAGAAGCAGAAUCAGCUGCAGGACUGUCCAGCAGGAUGAAGGGGGGCGGGGGAGUCGGAGGGGGAUGGCAACAGCAAGGGCAGUCGUCUAGACCCCCACCUCCACCCGGGGCUGUGAGAGUCCUUCCCGUGGGAGGCGUGAUGUCGCCUCCUGUCGCUGCAGUGGCACCUGUAACACCUGAUGCCCAGCAGGCUGUUUUGGCCCAGCAGCAGCAGGCGAUCAUGAACCAGCAGGCCAUCAUCAUGGCCCAGCAGAUGACCAUGCAGGCUAUGGCCAUCGCCAGCAGCCCAGUGACCAGUCCCCCUACAUCACCAAUCACAAGCCCGCCCUUGAGUCCUCUUCUGCACCACCCUCCCAGCCCUUACGCCCCUGCCAGCCCUUACACUGUCAUACCCCAGAGUCCUUACGCUAACAUCCCACCCAGCCCAUACGCCAACUUCACUCCCACUCCCUUUGCUGAAGCAAACAUCCCACCCAGCCCCUACCCACCAACCGCUCGACAGGAACAAACUAAAUCCGCCGGGCCCCAGACUCACCCCGUAGCUCAGCCUCAGCCUCAGGCCUCCAACCCCAACCCCAGCUUUGCAAAAACCAGCAAAAGUGAGGCAGCAAAGCCUAAAGCCAGCACUGCUGCACAGGUUCAGUCAGAUAAGGACAGCGUCCCUCGGAGGAAAGCUCCCGGCGUUCCCAUAAACAAGGACAAACCAGCCAGAAAGUUUGACCCAGUGGUUAUGUCUCCUCCGCCCCCUGCUGGAGAGGUGGUGAAGUACUCGGCACGGUCUACAGAUCACGUUGUCCCCAGCACUGACAUCCAAGAAAUCAUCAAAAGAUACAACUCCCCACCUCCACCGCCCGACGUACUGCCCCCUGGAAAGAGGAGACCGGAGGGGAAGUUUAAGAAGAAGCAAACUCCUCGCGAUGAAGCUCUACAAAUCCUCAAACCCCAGAUGGACAACCCUCCUGCUCCACAGCCCAAGCGUCCUGUUGCACCCUCACCUUCUGCAUCUGCAAUAGAAGAAGCUGGAUUCAAACCUACCAAGAGCAUGAAGUCAAGAGCGCCUCACCGCCCUCUCCCCAUACCUCCCCCAGUUUCCCGAGAGCUUCCUGUAGAGACGGAGACCAUCCUGACACAGCUCCAUCAGAGCACCAACGAAGAGCACUACACCUACACUAAUGUUCCCUGGAGACUGUACCUCAGAAAAGAGGUUUUUUAUCCCAAAGACAGCUUCAACAAUCCUCUGGUGCUAGAUCUCAUUUUCAAACAGAUAGUGAACGACACUCUGUCAGAGGCGUGUGUUCGGAUCACCCGGGAUGAAAGGCAGAAAAUGAAAGCUCUGUUUGCUAAACACGGGGUUCAGCAGAAUAUGGAUCCAGUGGAGGAGCACGUGAAGAAAACAGUUGUGACGGCAGCGAGGGAAACAUGGGAAAUAUACUUCUCCAGACUGUUCCCUGCAUCGGGUAGUGUGGGAACAGGUGUGCAGGUUUUGUCAGUGUCCCACAGCGGUAUAAAGCUAUUGAAGACGGUAAAAAGCAGCGCUGCAGCCCCAGACUACUUCAGAGUGCUCCGACCCUACACCUAUGCAGACAUCCUAUUUGUGACCAUCCCCUCUGAGAACAUGCUGGAGUUCAAUCUGACUAACGAGAAGCUGAUCCUGUUCUCAGCCAAGGCACCACAGGUCAAACAUCUCAUAGACACCUUCAUCAAUGAGAUCAAAAAGGACUCAGACUACAUGAUUGCGGAGCGAAACUUUGUGACAGACGAUCGGUCGAUGCUCAAUCUUCACAAAGGUGACGUCAUCAGGCUGCAGGUGAUGGACGGGCUAGAGAAAGGUCACAGCUACGGCUGCGUGGUGAGGAAGAAGGUGGUGUUUUUGGAGGAGCUGAAAAGAGAAACUCAGGACUUUGGUUGGAAGUUUGGUGCUGUGUUCAGCCGCUCUGGUGCUUUCCCAGCUGAAUGUGUCCAUCCCAUCGCUGCUCCUGACUUCCUGUCACUGCCACUCGACCGCAAAGCCGAGCCUCGAGGAGGAGCAGGACAGUUUGCUGUGUCAUCAGCUGUUGCUGUUGCUGUAGCAUCCACCAUGGCUGCACAUGAGAUAGAUCAAACAAUAGAGAGGGUUUCUCUUGAUGGUUUUGCUGAUGGAGAACUGGAUGAGAGGGUGCUGCAGGACAGUAAAUAUGACAUGUUGGAGUUUGCCAAGAAGUACUUCAGACAGCCAACCAACAAGACGGGGGAAUCUAUGAAGAGCAAAAGCAAGAACAAAGACUCCAGAGAGCCUCCUGAGAUGAUCAAGUUCUCAAAGACUCCUCUGACUGAGUCUCUGAUAGAGUUUACAGACGUAGCCAUGAACAGAGUGGCAGCAGACCUCUUCCUGUCCGUGAUGCGUUUCAUGGGUGACUCUCCGUUAAGGGGAUCAGCAGAGCAAGAAGUGGUCAGCACUUUCCUGAAGCUCAUCGGCGAGUUCACCUUGAUGCGAGAUGAAGCUUACUGCCAGCUCCUCAAACAGCUUACCGCUAACACCAGCUCCAAACCCGAUAGUUGCCAACGAGGCUGGAGGCUGCUGUACGUCCUGACGGCCUUCCAACGCUGCUCUGAGGUCCUCAAACCGUUCGUGCUGAAAUACCUGCAGCAGGCUUCUCGCAGUGCUGGGGCUCAGUAUCAGGGAAUCGCUAAAGCGUGUGAGCAGAACCUGAAGAAGACUUUCCAGUACGGCGGUCGCAUUGUUUCACCAAACAGCAUGGAGCUAAAGGCAAUAAUGGCAGGACGCAGUUCCAAACGACAGCUGUUUCUCUUUCCAGGAGGCAUUGAACGUCACGCCAAAAUCAAAACAUGCUCUGUUGCCCUGGAGGUGAUUGAGGAGCUGUGUUAUGAGAUGGGUUUACACAGACUGGAGGCCAUGGAAGAAUACGCCAUAUUUUUAGUCACAAACAGAGGUCAGAAUGUGCGUCCUCUGAACAAACACGAGUACAUCCUGGAUGUUGCAACAGAGGCCGAGUUGGUCGACACAAACUACAGCUUCUGGUUCAGACGAGUCAUCUGGACUCAACAGCUCAAGUUUGAUAAUGAGCUGAGUGUGGCCAUGCACUAUAACCAGAUCCUGCCAGACUACCGUAAAGGCCUGCUGAAUGUUCUUCCACAAGGGAAAGUGAGUGAUCAGCAGUUCCAUCAGAUCUCCAAACUGGCCGCUCUGCAGCACAGAGCCAAAGACAUCAUCUUCAUCCCCAGCAUACACGAGUUAUCCGAGUACAUCCCCGCACCUCUGUUCAAAAAGCAGCCGCCCCAGCAGUGGGUUACCAUGGUGACGCAGCACAUGCAGCAAGUGCAGACCCUGAGCCCGCAUCAGGCCAGGGCUCAGUUCCUGGGGCUGGUCAGUGCAUUCCCCAUGUUCGGCUCCUCGUUCUUCUACAUCCACAGCAGCAGCUCCACUACCUUCUAUGCGCCCUGUAUUGUUGCUGUCAAUCAACAUGGUCUCCACUUCCUGCACAAAAAUACACACGAGCCGAUGGCAGUGGUCUCUCUGGUGGAGGUGCAGUCGAGCCGUACCCAAAGGCCCACUGCUGGAACCAGUUACCCAUACGUAGACCUCACACUGGGAGACAUCAACUCACAGCGGGUGGUUCAGCUGCAAUUAGAGCAGGGCCUGGAGUUGUGUCGAGUCAUCGCUAUGCAGGUGGAAAACAUGAUGUCUGUGCGGGAGAAGAGGCUCACUCUGCCACCCAGCGAAAUCACCAUGCUAUAACACAUGCUUUACUGUGCACACACACACACACACACACGCACGCACGCACGCACGCACGCACGCACGCGCGUGCGCGCACACACACACACACACACACACACACACACACACACACACACGCACACACACACACUCAUAUAUAUGUCAGACAAAACCCUACAAUAUAGCCUACCUCCUCGUCUUCAGGUGUUUCUGGUGUGUCACACACACACUUAGAUGUGAGUGUAAAAGUAUACUUGAUUAUUAUGUUGCUUUAUCUGAACUUGAAAAGUCAUUGUUAACACAGUCACUCAACACCUUUAUUUUUGCACUUACUGCUAUAGUUUCAAUUUAUUCAACAUUAUACCUAUUUCAUCUGCACAGAAACUGUUAAAACUAACUGUGAGGAAGUUUUAUAGGCCUGUGUCUUCUAAUUUUAAAGUGUUAUAACUGAGAUGCAAUUUUUUUAUUUUUGUAUGGAUAGUGUUUCACUGUAAAAAUGACUGUUUGUGUAAAAAAAUAUAAUAGAAAUAUAAAGUAUUGCUUUAUUGUUUUGUAAAUACAAUUUUCAAAGUAAAAUGAGCAAAUUAAAGAGAAGAGAUUUCAACAUU